GUGUUCAAAACCUACAACACACCCAGCGGGUCUAAUUUGAAUCAUGUCGAUGUCGAGGCCGUGGAAAUAGGGGUAACCAAGCCUACGCCUACAGCUGCAGCUAUGCGAUCGCACCCAUUAAGUAUGCCAGCCACUGCUACAGCGCGCUGCUCCUUGCCGGUCCUCAUCGAAUCGGGUUCUUACAGUAGUAUAGAGCAAAGUCCUAAGCUUAUGGAUCGUUUUCAUCACGAUCACUUGGAUUCUGAUUUUGCCGUAUCGCAUGGGGAUUCUAGACUCAAGGAGGAUUUGGCCGAUGCUAUGCGCGAAUCACCCUCUGUAUCUGAGGUUCACAGAAUUACUG